UGCCGCGGGGCGGGCGCUCUCGCGAGAGCCGGCGGAAGCGGCGGGGCGCGGCCCGGAAGUGGAGCCGCCGCCGGAGCGACCAUGGCCGAGACCGACCCCAAGAGCGUCCAGGACCUGACGGCCGUGGUGCAGACAUUGCUCCAGCAAAUGCAGGACAAGUUUCAAACCAUGUCUGACCAAAUAAUUGGAAGAAUCGAUGACAUGAGCUGCCGCAUCGACGACCUGGAGCGCAACAUCGCCGACCUCAUGAUGCAGGCGGGCGUGGAGGAGCUCGAGGGGGACAACAAGACCCCGGCUUCCAACAAGGGUUAAAGUUGCCAACAGCUCAAGAUGAAUCAUGGAAGAUUACUUUUUUCUUUUUUUUCUACAAAUCCUUGGAAUUAAAGAAUGGCUUUUUGCAACUGCAGUGUGUGAAAGCAUUUUUAUAUUGUUACAGAGCUUGCAUUCCUAAUGUACAUUGUAUAGUUGGGGUAGGGUAGUUUCUAUUUUGAUUUUGUGUACUGUAAUUUCACUUUUUGAAUUCUUGUAACGAGGAUCACUUGGUUGUGUUAUUAAAACACAGAUCUUAUGGAUCUCAACUUCUGGGUGUAUUUUUCUGUGGAGUCACUUUUUUCUCUUUCCUGUACUUUUCUAGAUGUUUCAUGUUUGAUAGAUCAGCAUUUAGUGACUCCCUCCAAAUGGGAACCUUGCCUUGUCCUACGUGAGUUUGUGGAGUGAAGCACAAGAUUGAAACUUAAUUAAUUGCAUUAAUUGUAGCUCUGAGCAUCAGGCACUCACUAGUUGAGGAUUGUGUUGUCUUUCAUACAUGUAAUAAAGGUGAUUUUUGGAAACAAGAGACGCUGAACAUCCAAACCCUCUCUCCUACUGCUGGUGUUACCUGAGCUGUGUGUUCCUGGAGCAUCAAGGAGAUGCAGAUUGGCCAUGGGAGACUCUGAGCAACCACUGCCACCCCCAGCUGUGACACCUGGGCAGACGAGGAACUGUUAACAGAGCAAUCUCACCGUGGGACUGAAGGUUUUUAACAUUUCUGGCAUUGCCUUUAACUGAAUUGAAGGGGUUGGAUUGAUGGGCAGGGCAGGGAUGGGGUUGUGGAAUGUCUCUGUGGGGUUUCCAGUGGGAAUCACUGCCUCCUUGGACACAAGUUUGUUAGCAAAGCAGUGAUGCAUGAGGAACAAAGAAGGAGAGAAGCCAGGUAGAUUUUUAAAGCCUCGCUUCUCUCAGAAUAACAACUUCAAAAUAUUUGAUUUUUUGUUUGCUUUUCUAAUCAUACCCACAUCUUUGGCCUGGACGAUGUAUUUGUUACAUUUUGGCCAUGGAAGGUUUUUUUGGGGGAGUCUGUACUGUGUCACUUGUGAAGGAAAAUGACCAAUGUCAGCUAUUCCUGACAAUCAUUGCAAUGCUCCUCCAGCUUCAAAUUUCAGCAAGCACUAGUGGCAGGCAGCAGUUACAGGUGCACCACUGCUACUGCUCCUUAAAUGCCACCAAAUCAGCACUUGAGUGCUCUGAAGGCAAUAUGACAGGUCAUUUUUCCAAACUCGUUGUAAUAAAAGCUCAUAAUAAUGGGGGAAUUUUGUGAACAUGAGAAAUGUAUCAAUAUAUACUUGUAAUACCAGCCUUAGGUCCUUUGUAAUGUCAUUUCAAAGAAACCUAAUAAACGGUUAUGUGGUAACAAA